UCUAAAAUAUCGCGAGAGUCACGUUCCUCGUCGCUGCGCCGCUCCGGAAGGUCAGCUGAUCAUUGACUUCAUUCACUUCAGUGUGGUGGUGGAGAACCAGCAGCCUGUCACUGUUAAACUAGCACGCAACGGAACUGUUCGACGCUGUAGAGACUGAGCAACCAACAUUCCCAAAGAUGGCUGACACAAACCAACAACAAAGUCCUCCUCCCCAGCUAGGGCCUGUGCAAUUUUUAAUGAGUAACAAGUUGGAAACUGCAAUGUGGCUUUCACGACUCUUCACCGUCUACUGCUCCGUAAUGUUUAUUCUACCUAUUUUGGGACCCUAUGCAGCAGCUAACUUCUAUCAGCGAGCUUUGUUAGCGAACGCCCUCACCAGUGCCCUUCGCUUGCAUCAGAGGCUUCCACGCUUUCAGCUGAGCAGAGCUUUCUUGGCCCAGGCUCUUCAGGAGGAUAGCUGCCAUUACCUGCUCUAUUCACUCAUCCUGGUCAACUCUUACCCCAUCACAAUGAGCAUCUUCCCAGUCUUCCUCUUCUCCUUGCUUCAUGCAACCACCUACACAAAGAAAGUCCUUGAUUCUGUGGGCCCCAGCAGCCUGAUGUUCAUCAGAAACCUCCUGGACAAACUUACAUCCAAUCAGCAGAACAUCCUGAAGUUCAUCGCCUGCAAUGAGAUCUUCCUGAUGCCAGCAACUGUUUUUAUGCUCUUCAGCGGCCAGGGGAGCUUGUUACUGCCUUUCAUUUACUACCGAUUCCUCACCCUCCGCUACACAUCCAGAAGAAACCCAUACUGCCGCACCUUGUUCACAGAACUGCGAAUUCUUCUGGAGCACUUCAUCAUGAAACCCGCCUGCCCCGCCUUCUUCAGGAAGAUGUGCCUCAGCAGUAUCGCCUUCAUCAGCCGCCUCGCCCCCACGGGGGUCUGAUUAAACUCCAUAAAAGUUUUGUUUUCUUUAUGUUUUGUUUUCCCACCGUUUAAGAUGUGACUUAAACUUUGAUGAGGACAGACAUUGCCAUCAACAGAAGGACCUGUUUUUUGAAUGUCAACUUUACAGCCUGUGCUCCAGCUUCUCUGUAUGUUUGAGUACAGGUGAAGAACAGCCAGUAACGCACUGAAGUCUCAUGGUGAUGUUUCUUUUCCCAUCUUCUUAAUGUGACCUCACUGAAGCGGUGGACACCCCUCACUUUGUUACGUUCACUGAAUGCAGCACAGUAGACAUCAGCUGUGAUCUGUGUGUACCGGCUGUUGUUAUUUUUUCCUUUUUAUGUCCUAUUUAUUCAUGAAAAUCUCUUAUUAUAUGAUGAAACAUUAACAAGCUGAGAUUAGUAACUUAAAAAUGAUAAUGUGCUUAUUCAUAAUUAAAAAUGUUCUUUUUUUUUAAUGAUCAUGUGGUGCUUGGAUGGAUGGAGGAUGGGGUUUGUUUGCAGUUUCUACGUGGUCCAAUUUCUUUUUUUUAUGUUCAAAGCAUCCAAUGCACUGAUUUGUCUAAAUGCCUAACUUAGAGUUUAUUCUAUUAAUGCCAUCAACUCACUCUUUUAACAACUUGCAAAGUCUACGUAGGUAUGAUGUCAAAAUGGGUGUUGAAUUGAGAAACAAGAUAUCUGCUGUAUUUUAUAGAAUAUUUUAAGGUACCAGACAUUUUGCUGUAGGAUUCAUGUUUGUAAUGAGUUGCACAAUGCCUGUCAUGUUUUGAAUGCAUUCUCACCUUGUUUCUCAGUUUGAAAGCUGUUUUGAAUUUUGUUCAUUUAUUUGUCGCUUUGUAGUUUUCUUGCUUAAUGCAUGCUGAUUUUUCUUUUUCUGCCAUGUUAAAUGUGUUUAUUUGCCCACAGACAAACCACAUUUUUAUGACAAGAAUAAAAUGAUCUCUUAAUUAAACCAAUAAAAUAUUAAAGAAUAGGAAUGUGGUUUGAGCUUAUGAUUUGGUUCUGA